UUGAUUUACGCUUCCCAACGAUUACGUUUGAUCGUUUAACGUUUAGCGCAACCCGAAAAAUCACCCACCUCCCCGGCACAUACGCGCAACCCCCUGAGUUUGAGUGAUCAUAUCACCAAGUAGUCCCCUUUCCUUUGGCUUGGCUUGGAUUUUCUGUAUCACUUUCUUUCUCGGACGAUCCCUAUGGCUCCUGUCCCUGUGGCAUCCUCGGACUCCAUUAAACCUCGAGAUGCUUGUAUUGUUGGUGUUGCACGUACGCCGAUGGGUGGCUUACUUGGUACCUUGUCAUCGUUGUCAGCUACCAAGCUUGGCUCUAUAGCUAUUGAAUGUGCUCUAAAGAGGGCAAAUGUCGAUCCGUCAACUGUGGAAGAGGUUUUCUUCGGGAAUGUCCUAAGUGCCAAUUUAGGGCAAGCUCCUGCCAGGCAGGCUGCUCUGGGAGCAGGUAUACCUAAUUCUGUGAUCUGCACCACUAUUAACAAAGUUUGUUCAUCUGGGAUGAAAGCAACAAUGCUUGCUGCACAAUCUAUUCAGUUUGGUCUGAAUAACGUCGUCGUGGCUGGUGGAAUGGAAAGCAUGUCUAAUGCACCUAAGUACCUGGCUGAAGCAAGAAAGGGAUCUCGAUUUGGACAUGAUACAAUUGUUGAUGGUAUGCUGAAGGAUGGACUUUGGGAUGUUUACAACGACUUUGGGAUGGGAGCUUGCGCAGAAAUAUGUGCUGAUCAACAUACUAUAACAAGAGAAGAGCAGGAUAAUUAUGCUGUUAAGAGUUUUCAGCGGGGAAUUUCUGCACAGAAUGGAGGCCUCUUUGCAUGGGAAAUAGUUCCGGUUGAAAUUUCUGGGGGAAGAGGGAAGCCUUCCACAAUUGUUGACAAGGAUGAAGGUUUAGGAAAGUUUGAUGCUGCUAAACUGAGGAAACUCAGGCCAAGUUUCAAGGAAGAUGGGGGUUCUGUUACUGCUGGCAACGCUUCUAGCAUAAGUGAUGGUGCAGCAGCAUUAGUGCUAGUAAGUGGAGAGAAGGCACUUCAACUAGGUUUGAAGGUGAUUGCAAAGAUCAAAGGAUAUGCUGAUGCAGCUCAGGCACCUGAAUUAUUCACAACUGCCCCGGCCCUUGCAAUACCAAAAGCUAUUUCAAAUGCUGGUUUGGAAGCUUCUCAGAUUUGUUACUAUGAAAUUAAUGAAGCUUUUUCUGUUGUGGCACUUGCCAAUCAAAAGUUGCUUGGUCUUAAUCCUGAAAGGCUUAAUGCACAUGGUGGAGCUGUAUCAUUGGGACAUCCUUUAGGAUGCAGUGGAGCUCGUAUCUUGGUCACGUUGUUAGGGGUGUUGAGACACAAGAAUGGGAAAUAUGGGGUUGCUGGCAUCUGCAAUGGGGGAGGAGGGGCAUCUGCCCUGGUUCUUGAGCUCAUGCCAGUUGCUCAGGUGGGACUUUCGAAGUUGUGAUGUUUAUUUCCCCUCUUAUUGGCAUACUUUAGUACGGUUUUGUUCUUUUUCUAUAUCAAGAUUUCUUCUCAAAUAAUGAAGUUAAAAAUUGUUGAAUUAGAUCUGCUUAAUAAAUAUGCAUUAUGUCGUUUCAUCA